AUGGCUGAAUUUUUUAAAAUUUGCGCCAUGAGGACUGCAAUAUGUGAGAUAAGUGAGGAAAAUAAGGACGGAAAGAAUGUAUUAUUUGAAUUCAAACAUGUUUUUACGAAAAUAACACAUUUAAGCGGGUGGAUAAAUUCACCUACAUUUGAAACACCCAAAAUUCUAGGUGUUAAAUUUUUAAUUUCCGCUAGUAUAAACAAUGUAGCAUCUAAGGUGUCCGUAAGAGUAAUAAAAGACGAUAUUAGAGAAGCUGUUUCAAUAAUAAAAAUAAGCUUCGAUGGAUUAUUUAAUUCAACUAGGCGCGUUGUUGAUUGGAAAAAUAUGUUAUUGUUUGAAUCAUUAAUUAUUCCUUUUGAUUUUGACGUAUGCCAUAGAUAUAUAGAUUAUCCAAAGUUUUAUGCCCACGGCAAGAGCCCUCACGAAUACACAAUACCAAUAAUUUGUGAAAUAAUUUGGAACGGAUUCGUUGAAGAUUUUUAUUAA